AUGACGGAGCCAACCAGCUUUUCGGCGGGUGCGGGUCAGACCCAGUUGAAAAAAGAGAGUGUUACCAUACAGUUGAUGAAGCAUGAAGAGGAAGUUGGUGUUCCUUCUAAUGAACUUGGUUCAGCAAACGCAGCUACUCACCAGAAAGAGCAAUCUACGUCGGAACUGAGAAAAGAUUAUGUCUGCAGAAGCACUGGGAGACCUGGGAAGACAGAUAUGAUUAAAUCACUUGUGACAGAUCAGGAUGCAGCUACAAACUGUGAACUCUAUCUGCCUGUGUCUAGUAGUUGUUCAGCAAUGGAGUCAUCUGAGGACAGUGAAGAGGACAUGUAUCGUGAUGCAGAAGAAAUAGAGAGAGAGAAAAUAUUACUUUGUGAAACAAGCUCUUCAGAAUAUAAACUAAGUGUUUCACCUGAAAUGGACAUCAUGGAGUACUGCAGAAAAGAAUGGAGAGGAAAUACACCAGCAGCAAAAAGGAUGAGAAAGGGGUAUGAAGCAGUUGCUCAGAAGUUUGCAUCUAUAAGGAGAGUACGAGGUGAUAACUAUUGUGCUCUCAGAGCAACUCUGUUCCAGGCACUAAGCCAAGCUACCCAGUUACCAAGCUGGCUGCAGAGUGAGGAUUUUGCUAUGCUUCCUGAAAACUUGCUGAGCAAAUAUGACUGGAUCAAGCAGUGGCAGCUAAAACAGAAACUAGGCAGGAAGAUGGGAGACAUAAGUGAUGAAAUUAAGGAAUAUUUAAUACUUCUAAGGAAAAAGUGGAAGAAUAUAAGUGAAAUCAAGGGCCCUAUUGAGAAACAGGAAGCUUGUGAUAAAUUGUUUAAAAAUGAAGAGGAGGAAUAUAGUCUCUAUGAAGCACUGAAAUUUUUGAUGCUUAAUACUGCCAUCGAAUUAUACAAUGAUGAUAAAAAUGGAAGGAGAGUUCCUGUCUUCUCAUGGUUACUGUUUGCACGGGAUACAUCUAGCAACCCUUGUCAGUUAAUGCAUAAUCACUUGAAUCAUAUUGGUCACAGUGGAGGCCUUGAACAGGUGGAAAUGUUUCUCCUUGCUUAUGCUUUGCAGUAUACCAUCCAAGUGUUUAGGUUGUAUAAAUAUAGUACUGAUGAAUUCAUCACACUUUAUCCCAACGACCCAGAGGAGGACUGGCCUGUGGUGACUCUCAUAACUGAAGAUGACAGACAUUAUAACAUUCCAGUCAGAAUGUGCCAAGAGACAAUGCUUUAA